AUGACACCUGAAAUACCCCUGGUGGGUAUAGGUGCUCGGCAAAUGGAACUUCAAAUACCACUGGUGGGUAUAGGUGCUCGACAAAUGGUAGUCCAGAUACCCCUGGUGGGUAUAGAUGAUCGGCAAAUGGUAGUCCAGAUACCCCUGGUGGGUACAGGUGCUCGACAAAUGGUAGUCCAGAUACCCCUGGUGGUUAUCCCCAAAGAUCUCGAUUCUUCUUCAUCGUCAUCGGAUAAUCUUACUAUGAGUGAUUUAUCAGGUUUGGAUGUUCAUGAUCGGACAUUAACUGAAUUACAGGUGAAAGAAAAUAUCGACUCAACAUUUCCUGCUGAAUACACUAUCCCACAACUGCCACAAUCUUUGUUACAAGAUAUCGAAGCAGGUGCACUUCAUAAGUUUGGACCUCAUCAUGCUAAUCGGCAAGUUCUUAUCGAUACGAUUACAUAUGAUCUACUCAAGAAAUACAACUUAUUUUAUCCCAGUCAUAAACAAUUUGAUGCCAUUGGAACCGCGAUUGUUAAUUUGUUGAAAUUGCCUUUUACCAAAGAUAAUUUAGGAAUUUGGAAGGAAGCUGUGCAGAUAAAACUGAAAAGAAAGCGUGGUGAACACAAGGAUAAUGUCGAGGUACAAUACCAUCUGAUGAAAUAUUCGAAAACAGGUUCUGGUAGACCUGUGAACACAAUGACUGGGGAGGUUGCAGUGCGUGACCGACAAAAACAAAUUCUGACAAUGAAUUACGAUGAUGAUUUAUUCAAUAGCAUGAAGAUAAAAUCUCAAGAAUUGCGUGACAACAAUCGAAUCGAUCGUGAUGCACAAGUUCGUCUGUGGAAAGAAACACUUCAUGUUCGACGCAAACUGAUUCGUGAUCUACCUACAUCGUCAAUCCUUGAAGAAUAUCCUGGGUACAAAGAUUCUUUUCUCAUUUUUGAGGAAGUCCGAAUGACUAUGGAAGUGGAUUUGCGUUCUGUUAUACGCUACCAAGUGCCAAUCCUACUGGAGAAACUGAUGUCCGUGCCUGCUUUCAUCACUGAUCCACCUCCAAUUCAACUUAUUCGAACACUCUGUCGACAAUUUGGAGAAACAGUUCAUCACAUAUACAGUGAUUUAACACCAUCAACGCCGUACCCAACUUUAGUUCUCAUGAAUGAUGUUAUGCAUAUUUUCGUUGAUUUCAUUCCGAUUGUGUCAUCAACUUCUCCAGAUGAUGGUCUAGCACUUCUUUUGGCGAUGUAUGCUGUGUUCGAAUUGAACUUUAACAAAAAUAGUCGGACGAUUCGUUUAUUAUACGCGACUGUCUUUGGUGAUAAACGAUUUCUUUCAAACAGUAUUCGCAAUUUGAUCAAAGAAAAACAAAUCGAUAUUUGCUUUGAACAAAAUCGAAAAAUUUCAAAUUUAACAAGUUCAGUGGCAGCGAAUUCGGCAGCAACAGCAACAGCAACUACAACAUCAACACCAACAUCACCACCGCAUGCGAAUUCUCAAGUAGUGUCUCAAGAUCAGUGUGCGUCAUCUUCUACAAACGUCAUCAUUGGUGAUUCGGCAGUUGACAAAGACGAGUCGAGUGACACGAAUGUCAACUCGCAAACUUUCGGCACAGAAGUCAAUCAAGCCUUGUCGUCUUCAAAUGUUCUGGUUAAUCGGAAACGAACACGGAAAGCGUUAACUCAAAUACCGAAAGGCAAAGAAAAUUGUCUUUCAUUUGACAAUGACAAUGACAAUGACAAUCACGAUGAACAUGAUCACGAUGAAGUUAUCGACUCCGUUUGCUCUCAAUUAUCUUUAGGUGUUCGACAAACAAGAAAACAAAAACGACGCUGUUAA